CUCUUGCACGUUUUCUCCCUCCUUCACUUUCUCUCUCUAGCAUUGGUUUGUUUUCGGUUGGAAUUUCAACUGUCUACUUUAUUAACUUCCUUACUUAACACCAUCUAUGUCCCACCAAAAGAUUCUACACCAUGUUUUCCUUUUUUUUUUUUCUUUUUCCAUUCUUCACUCACAACUUUCGGUUAUAAAUCCCCCAACAAAACCUCUUCUCAACCUCUUGCCAAACCCAACCACUGUAUAUAUUAUUGUUUUUCUCUACCUAUAAGCUUUACUUUUCUUUUUAAUCAGACAAAAUGGAUCAUUCUCUGAAAUCAUCAAGAGGCAAAGUACCACCAACCACCACCACCACAACCACCGAUAAUAAUCCAAAUUCUCAAGAAGAAAGUGGAUGGACAACUUACUUUGAUGAUUUCUCAAACGGCAUAGAACCGAGUUAUUAUUCAGGCGGUGGCUCUUCUUUGGUUUCAGAUGCUGCUUCUUCUGCUGCAUGGAAAUUUUCUCAUCAUCAUAAUCAUCUUGUUUCAUCAAAGUUACCAAAGAAGCUUUGCUUCAAGAAAACAAGAUCCAAAAUUAUUUCAGAUGAUGACCCUUUAGAAGACACUGCUAGCUCUCCUGUCAAUAGUCCUAAGGUGAGAGACAUGAGUCCAAAUGAAAUUGCUUCCAGGAAGAUUGAUGAUCAACUACAAGCAGGUUCUAUGGGUAAAGGGUUAACAUCAUCAGAGAAUCAUUCAGAGUUGCUGCAGAUGGAUGAUAAGCUUGAAUUUGAAUUCAAUGAGAAGAAUAUUGAUUGCAUAGAAUUGAAGAAAAGAGGGCUUUGCUUGGUUCCUUUGUCUUUGUUGGUGAAUUAUUUGGGGUGAUCAUGACUAAUAUUUUUGUCUAUAUCCUCUUUCUUGUUCUCCUUUUCUUUCUUUGUGUUCUUCUGUGUGGAUCAUUUUGUGGAAUUGUAAAGUAUCAUCAAUAUCAUCAGUCACUGUACACAUAAUUUAUAUAUAGUGAAAAUGUUCAUACAUUUGUGUUUA